AUGAACAAGCCCCUUUACUCUCAGUGGGACCGGCCCGACCUGGAGGCUUCCACUUCGUGCGGCCAGGCGCACAGGGGGAACAACACCGCAGACACAAGCUAUUUCUGCAGACAUGAUAACUUUUUUGGAGCUGAUCGAAGCGGACCAUCUGGCAGAGUUCCUUGUGGGGGCUUCUCUGAGAACACUGUAAAGAGGGGGGUCUGUGACUCUACAUCUUCGGGCAUUAACUGAAGGGCAUAGGGGCAUUCAUGGCAGUUUGGCUGAUAUCUCAUAGUGUAGUUAACACUGUGACCUAACUCCUAGUACUGUGACCUGACUGCUAUAACCUUGCCUAUCAACCUUGUGGUAUUUACAUGUUUUAGCUACUGGAACUAGCCUGAUUUUACUUUACUCUAGUAUGUUCAGCAUGUUUAUUCCUUUGUUUAUUUCACACAAAAAACAAGCGAUAUGACACUGUUUGCUCAGGAGUUUAUACAUCUGCAUUAUUUAUGUCUGUUUAUUUGCAUGAUACUUCUCUCUUUAUUCUGUAUUGCCUAAUACAAUGUCUCAAUAAAAUAAAUAGACAAAAAAAAUCUGACUAUUGACUGAACAGUUAGGACCUGCAAAAUUCUGAAAUCUAAGAAAAAAAAAGAAAAUGACAAAAAUAACUAUCACUCAGUGAAUUUAAAAUCAUGUCUAUGUUAAGACUUAUGUGUUCUCUAUUUGGCAUAUGUAUAUUUAGUAAUUCACAGACGGAGGAUACCACACUCACACUUGGGAAUCCAGGUGCUUAUCACGGCCAGGGUUGGCAAAACCCAGUUUAGAAGAUAAAAUAAAUUAGGUCCAGCCACUCAGGAUUGCUGCAGAAAGGCAGGUCUAUUGGAACAAAAAGGCAUACACAGAGGCCUUUAUCAAAUAUGUGUAUUUAGGACAUGCAAGUCCCUUGCUGUUUUAUUGACAGGUUCAACAAAGUCUUAUGUUUCAACCAAAUAAUAUUUACCAAAAAAAAAAAAAGUGAAUCUAAAAUAAGUACCCUUUAAAACAUUAUGACUAUUCCAUAAAUGCCAAAGUAUCUAAAUCCAGGAUGCAAAGGUACUAACGUUUCAAUCUGUGGAUCCAUUCCGUUUCUUUUUUAGUGAGGAUGUUUUCAGUAUCCCCCCCCCCUCUCCAAUGUGGGACUACAAAUCCUAUUCCUAAAAAAAAAGGUUGAAACAGAACUCUUUAUAUUCAUUUCGAUGUUUAGGUACACUGUGCUUCUAUUUAUAAAGCUGAAAUGCUCUAAUAGCCAACAUGUAAUUUCCUAGUAGUUCUACCUGUGUAUCGGAUACCGAAUUUACAUUGUGUCAGAUAGAUUACAGUCUUACUCUCACAGCUGACAAAAUGCUUGAUUUUAAAAGUUUCACCCAACACCACUUUUUAUGAAAGCGUUUAGGUUUUACUAUAUAUUAAAAAUAAAAAUCUUUAGAUUAUGAUUUCUGUUAUCUACUGUAUUUAGGAUUUUCAGUCCUUAUAAAUUAUUUUAGGUUUGUUUGUUUUUUAAAUACCUUUUAACAUUUGUCCAGUUUUGAUAAUGUUUAUUAUUGCUUUUUACUGAAAAUCGCUUUACUAUAAAAUUUGGUUAAAAAAAAGCGUUGUGUGCCCCAAUUACCAGUUUAUUUAGCUCACCAAAGUGAGGGGAACAGGAGAGAAAGGAAUACCCUACUAGAUGCAGGAAACAGUAAGGGUACAAUAGAGAACUUAACGUGCAACCUUAGUGCGUGGAUAUUAAAACUUAACUUUUAAUGAUACAUUUCUAAUAUGUAAAAACUGGUGAGUGUCAACACCCAAAAACACUAGUGUAUAAAACAAAAUCGUUGUCUCCACCAAAUGUGUUCCUAAUAAAAGGAUAUUAUUCCUUCCUUCUCUCCCUUUCUGGAGCACCAUGCAGGAAGUACUCAUUUUUAUAGUGUGCAUUAGACUCUUGUUUUCUUGUCACUACAAAGCUAAACUAUUUUAUUAGAUCUAGAAAGGGACCAAAGGUUACCAAUGUGUCCCCUAGAUUUUAGUCUAGAUCUUCCAACUUGUUUUUUCAAUGUAUUACAAUUCACAGUUUAAUGAAUGGACCUCUAAAUGUUAUAUAAUAAUAUAGUAUAUCCAUAUUUAAACAUAGAAACUUCAAUAAUCAGAUUAGAUAGAUUGUGUAUUAUGACAUGCUGGUGAGGUGUGGACCUGUGACCUGUGUAACAUCAUAGUGACAUCAUUGCAGCAUCAUGUCUGAUGACCACAGUUUACAGUAUUCACUAGACAUUGCUUGGACAGUUGACACUGCUUAGCUUUUGUAGUGAUCAAGUAACUAAAAAUGGCAGCGAGAAAUAUUUUCUCUUGUUUCCGAUGCUUGUGCUUUAGAAAAGUAAGUAGAUUUCUUUGUUUCUUAUACUUACCAUUAACUGGGAGCUCUAAAAUGUUAACCCAAACAACACUAGUUCUAUGAACCCCUUAACUUAUUAUAUUAUGUUUAAAUUCCCAUGGCAGCCUAUGGACACCCUUUUUUUUUUUUUUGUUCUUUAAAGUUAUUAUUAUUGGCAUUUAUAUAGCGCCAACUUAUAUCGCAGCAGUUUACAAUAUUACAAAACGAGGAAGUUAAAUAUAUUUUUAAAACGUGUUUAAGCCAUAAGCCCACCAUUUCACCUAAAGGUUCUGGCUAAUGACGUACUAAUAAUGUACACCUCCAGCAGCCUUAUUAAAUAGUUCUACUGAAAUGCUGCGCAUACAGUCUUCAAGCACUAUGACCACUUCAUCUAACUGAAGUGGUAAGGUGCUUGAAGGAAUUUUUUAAAUACAUUUUGGUGGGAGCUAUCUUUCCUACAGCUAAUAGUACAUGUGAUUAGAAUUAGAAUGCUUCAAAUUCUAUUAUACUAGUACAUGGUGCAUGUGCACUGUGGUUUUAGCAUAUAUACUACAAAGGAAACUAAAAAUAUUCAAAUGCUAUAAGACAACUGUAGCCUAAAUCACUAAGACGUUUAUUCACCAAACAGCAAGUGGAUGUAAAUUUUAAAAUAAACUGAAAAGAGCUUGGAAAUAUUCUCUCUGUAUUAGUUAGCCUCUAGAAAUGGACCAAAGGUUACCAAUUUACUUACCAUUAACUGGGAGCUCUAAAAUGUUAACCCAAACAACACUAGUUCUCUGAACCCCUUAACUUAAUAUUUUAUGUUUAAAUUCCCAUGGCAGCCUAUGGACUCCCCAUUUUACUUUGUUCUUUAUAGUUAAAUACAUUUGUAGCCAUAAGCCCACCAUUUCAAUUAAAGGUACUGGCUAAUGGCGUACUAAUAACGUACACAGCAGAAUUAUAAAAUAGUUCUGUAUUUAUACCGAAAUGCUGUGCAUACAGACUUCAAACACCAUGACCACUCCAUAAAACUGAAGUGGUCUGGUGUACAAAGAAACUCUUUAAAUACAUUUUGGUGGGAGCUAUCUUUUCUAGGUCUCUACGGCUAAUUGUAUAUGAGAUUAGAAUUUAAUAAUUAUAAUAAUAGUAUAUGGUACAUGUGCACUGUUGUUUUGGGAUAUAUAUUGACAAGGAACCUAAAGCUGAGAGGAGCUGUGGGACAGUGAAUUGAGAACCCCAGAGAAUAAGUAAUACCAUUAAGAAUAUGGUUUGGAGGUGUGCCAUAAUUACUACGGUAUCUUAGUGGUAUCUUGCUUUAAGUAAACUAAUGUCUGUAUUUGAGGUCACUUAUAAUAAUUUAAACUGUAUCACAGACCCAUGUGGCAGCGAGGGAAUGGACUCUAUAUAUGUUGAGUUUUUUCAUCAAAGUGCUUGCAACGUUCUUGCAAAGUGGUUUUGGUUUUCUGAUUUUGUUUCUGUCUUUUCAGCGCACAAGACGCAAUAAAUCUGAUGAUGUUGAGCAAAGAGCAGAGGAACGUUCAGGUACAUUAUAAAAUGUUUAUAUCUACCUCCAUGGAGACUGAACCAGUUUUUAACGUGCCGUGUUACCCUCCUGCAGUCUGAUAAGAGCCGACAUGUUCGGUUCCAGUUUGGUGUUACAUUCUCUGCAACACUGCCUUUGCUACAUGUCUACUAUCUCUUCUCAUCUAUUUGGGAACUGUAACAGUUCCUCUAAAAUGAAUGAGUGGCAUACCUCGUGUUGUGGUCGUGACCUAAAUAUGAAUAUUAAUCUCUUAAUACAUAAUAAUUAAGCAAUACGGAACAACAUUAAUAUUUUUAUAAUUCAUGGUAUUAUGGUUGAAUAUGUGGAUAGAAAAUACACAAAACGUUGUAAUAUUAAAUGUAUAUUUAAUAUAACUAUAAUAAAUAAACAGAUGCUAGCAGAAUGUCAAUUUACUACAAUAAUGAUACAAUACAAAACUACAACAUAUUACUUACAAAAGGUUGCUACAUGUUACACAAAAGGCUACAUUUGACUUACAAGGCCCCAGCCCUUUGGCUGGGGUUAAGUCAGAGCUGGUACUACAUCUUAGGUUCAGUCAGUUACAGGCAAAGAGACUAGAGUUUUCUCCUCAUCUGGUUUUUAUUCAGUGUAAGUAGGCUGGCCUGUGAUGUCACUGCCAGAAGCACAUGUCUUCCUACACACUGCCCCUAGUGGUACCCCCAAAGCAUUACACUAAAUAUGCUUUCUUUAUGAUGUAAAGUCAUUAAUUAAUAAAUACCAUUAUUACACCUCGUGAUAUGACUCUGUUACUCUCUUACAUAAUUAAUAGCGCUCAUUGGGAAGGAGGAAGGCAGGUUAACACCCAUACAGGUACUAGCCGCACUCCUGCCACUUUUGAUAGCUAAUGGAUGCAGGACAAAAUCUACCUGGCUUUCUCAGUGUUAGUAUAGGGUGAGGUUAAAGGGUGGGUUAGGGAUAGUAUAGGGUUAAGGCUAGGGUAGUGAACUGUUAGAAUGAAUGUAGAGUUAACAGGGUUGGUGUAGGAUAAGGGGUAGUAUAGGCAGUGGCAUAGCAUGGAUUGUCAGCACCUGUGGCAAGGCAUGUAUUGCACCCUCUAACCCUAGUCUAUACACAUUACUUUAGGCGUGAGAUGGAUUUUAAAAAUGACGCAACACAUCUAUCAGUGCCACACACACAUCAUGGAGAUGAGGCGGGCAGGGAAGAGGAGUGAGGCUAUUUAGGCGCCUGUUAAUGGCAUACUUUUAUGAUAACAUGUAAUGGGCAUUUACAUAAUGCCUAUUAAAGAGUGAUUUCUGGUGUUAUCUUUAAACAGGAAAUCACGUUAUUAAUAGGCAUUAUGUAAUUCACCGAUAAGAAUUACAGAAGGACAGUAUGGCUGUGAUUAGCAAGCAAACUACUGUAAAAUGUGAUGUAGUGACGUUUAUUUGCCCUGUCAUGCUGAAAAACUGUAUAAUGUUUGAACAUUGGGAGAUUUUCUGGGUGAUUGGGAGGGCGCGCUAUUUUUAAAAAUAUAUUACUACUCCUUUCUUUUUUUUCUUUUGAAAUUUUGGGCCCCAAAGAAUUUUGCGCCCAGGGCAAGAGGCCCUGUGGCCCAGCCCACGCUACACCAGUGACUAUAGGGUUUGUGUACCAAAAAUUACUUUAGAUCCUAGAUUGCUGCUUUUUGUGUCAACAAAAGUGGCUUACCUACAUUUUUAUUUUAACCUGGACAGAAUAGUACCAGCUGCCAGCAUUUCUAUUUAGGUUUUGUCUUAUUACUAAUUUUCCAGUAUGUUCCAAGACCUCAGUUGCUCUUGAAGGUGACCCAAGUGCCCAUGCAGACAAUGGGAAUUUAACUGCACUGCAAAAACACCUCGAAAUUGAGCUUAAGGUGAAGCGAGGUGCAGAGAAUAUGUUCCUGGCAUAUUCCAAAGGCCCUCCAGAAAACCUUAAAUAUCUUGAGGCAUUGCAGGAAAAGCUUGAAGACAUCGAGAAUGAGAUAGAACAUUUGCAGGCACUAAUUGACCAAGAAAACUUUAUUAAUAAAGAUGAAACACCUGCACCAGUUCCAGAAACUGAUGUCACCGAUGUAACGUUGGAGACACCUCCUAUUCCAUCUCCAACACCUUCACAUGGUGAUCAACAUCAGUCUUCAGGACACACUGAGAGAACGGAUAUACCGGCUCAGGUAAAACUAUAUGCUUUUUUUGUGUUUUGUUCUUUUCCCCACACAUUCACGCAAACCUCGUUCACUAUCACACCCAUGGUUGUUCAUUUGCCGCUCGUAAACAAUGACUACUUAUAGUGAUCUGGAGUCAAACGUAUAAUGAGUACAGCCAAAGCCCAAUAUGUAAAAUGUACAUUUUAUUUUGUAGGUAGUUUAAUUCUUCAAUUUAUCCUGAAGCAUCAGAUACAGGAGUUUUAAUAACUAUAGGCGCUGCCUCUAAAAUCACCACCACUUUAUCACUCCAUCCACUGUUUCUUCUUCAUAAUUCUCCCAUAUCCAUUGCUUCUCCAGUUAUUUUCCAACAUACCCUGCUUCCUCUUCGUUUGUCUGCUAUUCCCGACUUUAUUUAUUUAUUAAUCAAUUUCAGACCCACCAUUACAAUCCCAUGGACCAAAGGCCACAAUUGUCAUUGGGGGGAGGUUGGAUAAGUGAAUUUAAUUCAUGGUGUAUGUAUUUUUUUUUCUAGGGUGAAACAACUGCACCAGUUCCAGAAACUGAUGUCACUGAUGUAACAUUGGAGACACCUCCUAUUCCAUCUCCAACACCUUCACAUGAUGAUCAACAUCAGUCUUCAGGACACACUGAGAGAACGGAUAUACCGGCUCAGGUAAAGCUAUACGCUUCUUUCUUUGUUUUGUUCUUUUCCCCACACAUUCACACAAACCUCGUCAUUAAAGAAAAUUUAGAUAACCGAAGUCCUGAUAAUUCCUGGCAAAUGAUUUGUGCGAUAUUGUGAAAAACUUAAACACACUCGCUUCUUCGUCCACUAUCACACCCAUUGUUUUUGUUUUUAAUUCUUCAUUUGCCGCUCGUAAACAUUGUCGACUUAUAGUAAUCUGGAGUCAAACGUACAAUCAGUACAGCCAGAGCCUAAUAUGUAAAAUGUACAUUUUAUUUUGUAGGUAGUUUAAUUCUUCAAUUUGUCCUGAAACAUCAGAUACAGGAGUUUUAAUGACUAUAGUCGUUGCCUCUAAAAUCACCACCACUUUAUCACUCCAUCCACCAUUUCUUCUUCAUAAUUCUCCCACACCCAUUGCUUCUCCAGUUAUUUUCCAACAUCCCCUGCUUCUUCUUCGUUUGUCUGCUAUUCCCGACUUCAUUUAUUUAUGAAUCAAUGUUUCAGACCCACCAUUACAAUCCCAUGGACCAAAGGCCACAAUGGUCAUUGGGGGAGAGGGGGUGGGGGGAAUUUAAUUUAUGGUGUAUGUCUUUUUUUUCUAGGGUGAAACAACUGCAUCAGUUCCAGAAACUGAUGUCACUGAUGUAACAUUGGAGACACCUCCUAUUCCAUCUCCAACACCUUCACAUGGUGAUAAACAUCCGUCUUCAGGACACACUGAGAGAAUGGAUAUACUGGCUCAGGUAAAGUUAUACGCUUCUUUUUUUGUUUUGUUCUUUUCCCCACACCUUCACGCAAACCUCAUCCACUAUCACACCCAUGGUUUUUGAUUGUUAUUCUUCAUUUGCUGCUUGUAAACAAUGUCGACUUAUAAUGAUCUGGAGUCAAACGUAUAAUCAGUACAGCCAGAGCCUAAUAUGUAAAAUGUACAUUUUAUUUUGUAGGUAGUUUAAUUCUUCAAUUUGUCCUGAAACAUCAGAUACAGGAGUUUUAAUGACUAUAGUCGUUGCCUCUAAAAUCACCACCACUUUAUCACUCCAUCCACCAUUUCUUCUUCAUAAUUCUCCCACACCCAUUGCUUCUCCAGUUAUUUUCCAACAUCCCCUGCUUCUUCUUCGUUUGUCUGCUAUUCCCGACUUCAUUUAUUUAUGAAUCAAUGUUUCAGACCCACCAUUACAAUCCCAUGGACCAAAGGCCACAAUGGUCAUUGGGGGAGAGGGGGUGGGGGGAAUUUAAUUUAUGGUGUAUGUCUUUUUUUUCUAGGGUGAAACAACUGCAUCAGUUCCAGAAACUGAUGUCACUGAUGUAACAUUGGAGACACUUCUUAUUCCAUCUCCAACACCUGCACAUGGUGAUCAACAUCAGUCUUCAGGACACACUGAGAGAACAGAUAUAUCGGCUCAGGUAAAGCUAUACGCUUUUUUUUGUUUUGUUCUUUUCCCUGCACAUUCACGCAAACCUAGUCAUUAAAGAAAAUUUAGAUUACUGAAGUCCUGAUAAUCCCUGGCAAAUGAUUUGUGAGAUAUUGUGAAAAACGUAAACACACUCAAUCUUUGUCCACUAUCACAACCAUUGUUUUUGUUUUUAAUUCUUCAUUUGCCGCUCGUAAACAAUGUCGACUUAUAAUGAUCAGGAGUCAAACAUACAAUCAGUACAGCCAGAGCCCAAUAUGUGAAAUGUACAUUUUAUUUUGUAGGUGGUUUAAUUCUUCCAUUUGUCCUGAAGCAUCAGAUACAGGAGUUUUAAUGACUAUAGUCUUUGCCUCUAAAAUCACCACCACUUUAUCACUCCAUCCUCUGUUUCUUCUUCAUAAUUCUCCCACACACAUUGCUUCUCCAGUUAUUUUCCAACAUACCCUGCUUCCUCUUCGUUUGUCUGCUAUUCCCGACUUCAUUUAUUUAUUAAUCAAUGUUUUAGACCCACCAUUACAAACCCAUGGACCAAAGGCAACAAUUGUCACGGAGGGGGGGGGGAAAUAACAACUUUAAAUUAUGGCGUAUGUUUUUUUUCCUAGGAUUCUGGAGCAAGCAAUGAAUAUCCAUGCUUUAAUAAAUUAACGUCGCUAAGCAUAAUCUCAGAAACAACAAAAGAACCCGAUAACAGCGUGCUUCCAGCAUCUGGCAAUAUUGAGCCAGAAUGUCAACUCAGCCUGGAAGACUUCGAUCUUCGCUGUGUGCUGGGUAGAGGAAAAUUCGGGAAAGUAAGUUUAAGCAUGAAUACAAAUACUCUUUCGAGAAAAAGUGUCUUAGCAAAUGCAUUAGAACAGAAUAUUUUUUUUGCGUUUUGUUUGUGUAUCAAAGUGUUUAAAACAUCUACAUUUAACGAAUGUGCUACAUUUAUAUGUAUAAGCCAGUACAUUUUUCUAAAGAGGUCUGUUUUUUUUAUUUUAUUUUUAAUCGCAAAAUUUGUCAGUUGGAUACUAUAUUUUUGUCAGACAGAAAAUCCACCACAAUGAUAUAGUUGGAAACGUUUGUAGGAAAGAUAGGUGAAGCUUUGCGAAAUGUAUUUUUUAUAUACAGACUACCCCCAAAAUUGUGAUCUAACCACAAAAAAAGUCUUCAAAGGAAAGAAGCAAAAUAAAAAUGACAUGGUAGAAAAAAAAAUGCAAUUCUGCCGUACCAAACUUGAAUGAAUUGAUGCAAACUAAGAGCACAUGCAUACCUUUGUUUUUAAUUUUAGGUGUUCCUUGCUGAACACAAGGACACUGAGAAAAUCUAUGCCCUGAAAGCACUGAAAAAAGGAGACAUCAUUUCAACAAAAAAGGUCCACCGGUCAGUAAACAGAGCUAUUCAUACCUUAUCCUGUUUUAUUUUAUUUGUUAUGAGUUUUUGGAGAUCAGGGAAAUAAUUGACUUAUUGUUCCUUAUCCAGUCUUAUGAGUGAGAAGCACAUUUUCCAAUCUAUAAGCAGCAUGCGCCAUCCAUUUCUGGUAAACCUGUUUGGUUGUUUCCAGACCACAUAUCAUGCCUGCUUUGUCAUGGAAUACGCUCCUGGCGGGGACCUUGUUACAAACGUUUACAACAGCAACGGUGCAUUAACAGAGCCCAGAGCGACGUAAGUAUAGGCACCAUUGUGCCCAUAUUGCUAAACCUGUAAUGCAGUGUUUAGCAGCUGCUGGCAUUGAGGUAGGCAAUACAUUCCAUAGAGUCUAGUUAGAUUAUUGGGAAAGAUAAUCGUUAUUUUACACUUACCUGACUGUCCAGGUCCCACGGUCUUUCCAUUCUAUACAACAGAAGAAUUUUAUACUUCUGAAAUAGCAUUACCAACUUUAGUCAAUAUGGAUUGGCUGAGAGUGUUACAUUAAAAGUCACCAUGUCAGACCAUAGAGUGACACAGGAUUUGUGGAAAAUAACUUUUCAAUAGUACAAAGAUUGCAUUUUUUAUCAUCUUAAAAGUAACCAACGCGUUUUCUUUUCAUAGAUUUUAUGCUGCUUGUGUUGUGCUUGGCUUGGAAUAUUUGCAUUCCCAAAAGAUUAUCCACAGGUAAGUGUAAAGCGCAAAAAAGAAAAGUGGAUUGCGCAGUUAUAUUUGUUAUAUUUACAGCACUGCCUGUGCUUAAACCUAUUUGUUUGUCUAUGUUAUGGUUUUAAAUGUAAACUUUUUAAAAGCCUAAACAAGGAAUCCCAUUAAUAUCUGCAUCCAAGUGUCCUCUAGAAUUAUGUAAAAAUGAUUAAAAAAUUUUUUUCUGCAUUUUAAUCUAGGGAUCUUAAAUUAGAGAAUAUACUUGUGGAUAAGGAAGGAUUUGCAAAAAUAACUGACUUCGGUAUUAGUAAGGAAGGUAGAUAUCAUUUUACAUUUAUACAUAGAUAUUCGAUAAAUUAACGAAUGCCUCUGUAACAUCAGUGCUGGCUUUACACAUAUAAAAUUAUAUCCUUAAAAUUCAGCAUAAAACCAAAUGUGUGCUUGUUUCCUAAACAGCCAUUAAGACUUUGAAAAUGUAAAAAUAGCUUUUUUGGUCCUUUUAUCUAGUCCGAUUUUAAUAAGUACAAAAACAAACAUGCAAUAUUAAAGCAGAAAAAAUAGCCAAAAGGCUCUAAGGGAAAUAGAUCUAGACAAUGAUUUUAUGGAACUUUAACUCCACAUUACCAAUGUGGCAGAUGAGGAUACAGAGAGCAAAAAUUGGUUUCAAACCAAUUCUAAAAGGUUUGACAUAAAACUGGGAUAUGGCACCAACAGACUUUAGACCACAUGAAAGGACCUGCACUGUAGUGUUCAUAUUGCAAGUUAAUUUACAUGGUGUGCCCUAGCUGUGCCAGGAUAGCCAGGCAUAGAAAGGAAAUCAAAAAACAAAUUACAAUUGUGAAUAAAUUCCUCAUUUAAAUUUAGCCACAUUCAAACAUAAUCUAAUUCUGUACAUAAUUAAAAUAAAAAAAUUACAUAAACAAAAAUAUAUCAAAAGCACAAAUGAUAAUAUACUUUGUAACAAGGGAUCAUUGAACAAACCAAUAUGUGGAUUCGAUCUCAGGAAAUUACUUUUUAAAAAAUGUAAUAAAAAAAACCUAUACAAAAAUAGUUGGAUCAGGAAUACCCUAUAGUGUUACUUUAAAGGCAGGGAAUGUACAUCUUCAAUUUAAAUAUAAUUAACUUUUGUCUCUCUCUGAGGAAUCGGAUAUGGAGAACGAACCACAAGUCAUUGUGGAACACUAGAUUACAUGGCUCCCGAAAUCCUCAAGCACGAAAGUUACACCAAAGCUGUGGAUUGGUGGAGUCUGGGAGUGCUAAUAUAUACAAUGCUGGCAGGAGUGGUAAGAAUAGUUUAUUAAGAAUUAAUGGACGGAAUCCUGACUCGACAAGCAAAACACUAUAUACCAAUGUGUGUUUAUCAACAAGAUAAUUCAUCAGAUUUAUUUAAUUUUAUUUUCUUUACUGUAGACUCCUUUUGACGGCGAAGAUGAAUUUGAAAAGAUAAAUAACAUCAUCAAUCGCAGAUUCAGCUGUCCGGAGUUCAUGUCUGUCCUGUCUGUAGAAACCAUCGAUGUAAUCGAAGAUGUAUGUUGCCAAUGCAUGUUUAGUGUUUUUAACUUGGAUUUUAGAGAGCACAGUGUGGUUGACUAUAACAAAGUGGGACAGGCAGUUACAGGCACAUAUGGAUCUAGCUACAAAAAGAUACAGAAUAAUGUUAUGUUUGGAGACUCAUUUCGAUGAAAAAAAAAUAGCAAGAGGAAUCAUAGUAAUCAGGACAGUACAUUAUCUGCAUAAACUGCUUGCAAUUUUGUUUUAAUUAAUUAAUUAAUUAAUUUCUUUUAAUCAAAAUACCAAGCGCCAUUUUAAGAAAAAAAAAUGUCUUUUACAGUUUCUCAACAUAAAUCCAGAGGACCGUCUAGGGGCAAGUGAAUAUGACGCAGAAGAUGUAAAGUGGAAUCCAUUCUUUCAAGUAAGUCCAUUUUGUUCAUCUACCAGCCAUAGUUAUGUAGAGAGGAAUGGUAUAUUCUACCUCAAUCUUGUUUUUAGUUCCAAGUGAAAUUUUGUCACAUCUGGGGAAACCUACAUUCUAACACCUAAAUAAACAUUAGUUCAUUUGGAUGCUUAUUUAAAUUUAUGUCCUUAUGUAUAUUUGCAUUAAAUUCAUGCCCGUGAAGGCAUUAAACGGCCAAUGUAAAAUGUCCCCUGUAUUUGCAUGUGCAGAGCACAGUGAUACAAAGAAUUUAUCUUUGUCAAAACUACUUUCUUCCACUAAUGAAUGCACGUGUAAUCCUAUCCGUUGACUUUAAUUAUGGAUUUGUGAAUUACAUUGUAACUUGUGUAGAAUUUCGUUUUUCAGAUUUUUGCCAGUCUAUAUUUUUCAUCUUAAUUUUAUGACUUAAUGAUGCAUAUUCGUUAUCUUUGUCGAAACCACUGUCUUGCACUAAAAUGUUUAAUUUGUUAAUUUGUUAACAGGAGAUAGACUGGGAUGAAUUAUUAGCUAAGAAUGUGAAGCCCCCCUUUAUACCAACCAUCGAUGGAAUUGAAGAUGUUAGGAAUUUCGAUGAGUAUACCUCAGAAGAUCCCAUCUUGACGCCUCCAAAUGGGACAAAGGAACUUACAGAAGAAGAGCAGGAAGAUUUCAGGGACUUUGACUGGAUUGCAAAUUGGUCCUAA